UUUUUUUUUUGUAAAUACUAAAUUCAUAAAACAGAUUAUAUGUCAGUUUUAAUAGAGACAUCGUUAGGUGAUUUAGUCAUUGAUCUUUACACAGAUGAAUGUCCAAAAACCGCACUUAAUUUCUUAAAACUUUGCAAAAUUAAAUAUUACAACUUUGCACCGUUUUUUAAUGUACAGAAAGAUUUCAUGGCACAAACAGGAGAUCCUACUGGUAAGGGAGAUCAAGGUGAAUCAAUUUAUGGUAUCUUACAUGGAUCAUCUCAGCGCUAUUUUCCUGCUGAAAUUAAUCCUAAAUUAAAACAUAAAAAACGCGGCAUGGUAUCGAUGGCGGUUGCUCAGGAUGGGUCAUUAGAAAGUGGAGGUGUGAGUGGAAGUCAGUUUUUUAUUACUUUAGGCGAUGAUUUAGAUUAUUUGGACGGCAAAUAUACUUUAUUUGGUGAAGUAGCUGAAGGAUUUGAAGUACUCGAUAAAAUAAACAAUGCAUUUUGCGAUGAAAAGGGAAGACCUUAUCGUGAUAUUCGUAUUAAACAUACAGUUAUUUUAGAUGAUCCUUUUCCUGACCCAGAGGGGCUCCAGGUUCCUGACCAAUCUCCUUUACCCACAAAAGAACAAUUAGAAUCCAUGCGUAUUGCCGAUGAUGAAAAUAUCGAGGAAAUGGGUGAUCCAGAGGAAUUAGAGGAACGAGCAAGAGAGAGAGAAGCAAAGGCUCAUGCACUCACUCUAGAAAUGAUUGGUGACUUGCCCUUUGCUGAAGUAAAACCUCCCGAGAAUGUUUUAUUUGUUUGCAAAUUGAAUCCUUUAACAAGAGAUGAGGACUUGGAAUUAAUUUUUUCUCGAUUUGGUCCUAUUCAUAGUUGUGAAAUCAUUCGUGAUAGAAUUACUGGUGAUUCUCUCAGUUAUGCUUUUAUUGAAUUUGAGAAUAAAGAAGAUGCAGAAGAGGCAUAUUUUAAAAUGCAAUCUGUGCUUAUAGAUGAUCGACGUAUUCAUGUUGAUUUCUCGCAAUCUGUAUCAAAACUUCAUAAGGAUUGGAUUAGUAGAAGAACAGGUGGUAAUAUUCAGUCAAUGGGAGGAUUCGAUAAUCUUACAAAGAGAACAAGAUAUAGAGAAGGUGAUGCAAAUCAUGGAGAUAAUUACGACUUGGUAUUUGAUACAAAUGAAAGAGAGAAAAAGAGAAAUAAAACAGAUGAUCGAUCUUUAAUAAAGGAUGAUAAUAGCAGAAGAGAAAGUAAAAAGGAUUAUUAUCGAAGAGAUAGAAGAGUUGAAGAUCGUAGAAGAGAUGAUGAUUAUAGAAGAGAGAGUAGAAGAGACGAGGAUCGUAGAAGAGAUGACGAUUAUAGAAGAGAAAGUAGAAGAGAUGAUAGAAAAGAUUAUCGACGAGAUCAUGAACAUUAUAGGGAUGAACGUGAAAGAAGAAGGGACGAUGAUAGAAGACGAAGAUAAAACAUAGGAUUAUAAACAAAUACCUUUAAUUUUGUACAUGCUUUUUUUUUUAUUACUAUAAAUAAAACGAUUUAUUGAGUCAUUGAUGGAG